ACAAGCCAUCCGUGGCACGAACAUAAUAAUCUAAUAGUCAAACGAGUGGGCGACUACAUUUGUCUGCCCUUCCCCCCUCAGAAUUCAGGUCUUAUGUGCAGGAUUGUCACAGACAGGUAGAUGUGCAGAAACCUGUCAGCAGAGCAGCAGGAUCAUGGGGCUUCGUGCGCGAUUUCCCUGCAUAUUACCUUUGAUUUGUUUGAGUCCCCUUCUCACUUUGGGACCGGGAUGCUCAGCACGCUACACAGAGGACUGGACCAGUUUGGACGCCAGACCGCUGCCACAGUGGUACGACGACGCGAAGAUCGGGAUUUUCGUCCACUGGGGGGUCUUCUCGGUCCCUGCCUACGGGGAGUUCAGUGAGUGGUUGUGGUCCUGGUGGAAGACAGCAAAGCGCCUGGACGUAGUUGAGUUCAUGCGGAAGAACUACCCACCGGGUUUCGAGUACGCGGACUUUGCGACUCAGUUUCACGCAGAAUUCUUCGAUCCGGAUGACUGGGCGGACAUAUUCAAAGCCUCUGGAGCCGGGUAUGUAGUGUUCACAUCCAAGCACCAUGAAGGAUUCACGAACUGGCCCUCUCCUGGCUCUUGGAACUGGAACUCGGUGGAUGUGGGUCCUCAUCGGGACCUGGUGGGACAGCUGGCUGCAGCUGUCAAAAAGAGGUCACUACGUUGGGGUCUCUACCACUCUCUGUAUGAAUGGUACCAUCCCCUUUUCUUGGCGGACCAAGCCUCUGGAUUUAAGACUCAGGAUUUUGUUGCCCAAAAGACUCUUCCUGAGCUAGUGCACCUCGUGAUGGAGUACCAACCAGAUCUUAUCUGGUCUGAUGGGGACUGGGAAGCACCUGACACCUACUGGAACUCCACCCAGUUUCUGGCCUGGCUGUACAACGACAGCCCAGUGAAGGAUGUGGUGGUCACAAAUGACAGGUGGGGUAAGGGCUGCUACUGCAAACAUGGCGGUUACUACAACUGUGCAGACAGAUACACGCCUGGUAAACUUCCAGAUCACAAAUGGGAGAAAUGUCAGUCCGUUGACAAACGCUCCUGGGGUUACCGAAGGAACAUGAAGCUGAGUGAAGUCAUGGACCUGCCGUCCAUCAUAAAGGACAUGGUGUAUGUGGUGGCACUGGGAGGUAACUACCUGCUGAACAUCGGGCCGAUGUCAGAUGGAAUGAUAGCCCUGGUGUUCGAGGAGAGGCUGAGGGGACUCGGGGCUUGGUUGGGGGUCAAUGGGGAGGCCAUCUAUGCUACCAAACCCUGGAGAGUCCAAACAGAGAACGACACCAAUGUCUGGUACACUGUCAAAAACAACACAGUUUAUGCGACAAUCAUCGGCUGGCCGUCCAAACAACCACUUCAGCUCUUGACGCCAAAGAUGUCGGAUGCCACCAAAGUUACACUGUUGGACUACCCAGAUGUACCACUGAAGUGGGCACCAGUGACAAAACAAGCUGGACUCGUGAUUCUUUUGCCUGCAAUGCCGUUUUCUCCAGGAAAUGCAUGGGCUCUGAAACUAGAGGGAGUGGUCUAAUGCCCCAGAGCACAUAGCACAAACUAGUGCAAGAAGUAUUUAGGUAAAAGGGUAGGUCUGUUAUACUUUAUUUUUAGGGCUUUCACACUUGCAGAAAACUCUGCAGGAGGAGCUGUAUGUGUGAACGCAAACAGCCAAAUUUUUCGCUUGGACUUCACUCAGAGUUUCUCCUGCCAGACCCCUAGCAUUUUGUCCGCGGCAAGUCAGAGUGAGCUGAUGUGAGAAUGCCGCAGGAUAUUCUCCGGAGAAUUCACCUCGAGCCAAUAGGUGGGAGACGUUUAUAAACUGUGUUCUCUGCUAUUUUGUUGAUAGUGUCAUUCCGUUGGACUACACGUAGCAUUGAUAUAAAGGCAAAUAUUCUCAGUGUAGCGUCUAGGGAUGUAAAGAUUAAUCGUAAAAUCGUGUUAAAUCGAUUCAAAGGUGUCAAGAUUCACAUCGGUAUUUUGAAAAAAAUGAAUCGAAUUUUGAAUUUGAGGACGCACCACCGUCUUUUAAAUCGGAGGUGUGGAAGCAUUUUGGCUUCCCCAAGACAGAAAAUGAAAGAGGUGAGAAGAUAACAGACAAGACAAAAACUGUGUGCAAAUACUGUAAGAAGACAGGGAACUACACAAAUAGCACAACCAACAUGAUGCAGCAUUUAAUCGACACCACAGUUACAAGCUACAAUCCCCUCCCCUUGUUGAGAGAAAAAAACAUUAAAAGGCCAAACCACACUGAAAAGUGGGUUUGCAGCCCCUAAAGGAAUCUUUUUCAGUAAUCAUUUGUCUACAUUCUGAUUUUGUAAAAUAAAUCCUGAGAGAAUCGUAUCGUGAGUUGAGUGAAUCGUUUCAUCCCUAAUAGCGUCGUAUAUCAGACUCUGUUGCGUCGUCAACUACUAUUGCAUGUUUUUUUUUUUUACGUCACGUCUUACCUCAGGAGACCCGUUGCCCCCCUCCCCUCUGACAGGGAUAGUCUCCUGCUGAGAGGAGCAUAUGUGAGUCCACUGAUGAGGUUUAAUUGACAGGGUCAUACAUGAUAAUGCAGUGACAUAAACAUGCUGAGACUUAGAAAGAAAAAAAAAGCACUUUAUGUAAUCACUGUUUAAGUUGUUGAGGAAAAUAUCAUUUGUGUGUCCUUGAAUUUAAUAAAAAUAUUUUACUAAGCGUUGGGGGGGGGGGGGGGGUGUUUGGCUUUUACAGCUAUGGGAAAGCUUUUAAAGAGGAGCAAUUUUGUUAACAGGGUUUCCUAAAUAAAGAUCAAUCCUCUGUGAGUUAUA